UAUUCCCAGGCGGCCGAUCCCAGCCCGCGCAUGUGCAUUGCGCUGGGUGAUGCGGCAGUUUGACCGGUGGUGAGCUCGAGCCGCCCUCCGUGUCUGAGUGAUUGGAACCUGUGGCUUGGUCGCUGUAUGGAGAUUAACCUUAGGGCCGCAAUUUAAUGCAGGACAAAUGUAUGCAGAAACAUCUAAGUGAAAGCAAGUUGGUAACUUAAUUGUCAUUUCAUCUGAAGUGGAGCAAGAAACUUAGCAGGCCCUCUUGUGAAGAGUGAUCAUUUGGGUGAGGCAUCAAAGGAUUACAUCAGCUUACGGAUUCCCCCAAGCUUGGGUUGUCGUCUCCAGGAGUGGAGAGUCAAUACACAUGGAUUUUCAGUGGCGUAGGUUUGAAUUGAAAGGAGGGGACGAGGAGUGAUAUAUCAUCAUAUGCAAUAAACGGAAAGCAAUUUCAACACCACCUUGUUGGAGGAACAAAGCUAGAUACCACCCGGACAAGAAGGAAGCAGCAACAUUGGCAGUUUAUUCAACAUGGCAAACAAAAAUAUUGAACACCUAAAUAAUGCUACAAAUGAAGAGAGAAAUCCGGCAACUCUGAAAAUAAUGCCAGAAUCUCGGGAUGUUAUUGAGAAAAUGAGUUCUACAGACCAUUCAGAUGCACCAAUGGAAGUAGAUGAAACGACCCUUUUGAAUAAAAGCAGCCAAAGCGAGGAGCCUAAAUCUCAGCAUCAUGGCAAACUGUGGCGAAUUUUUGCAUGCCCACCUCAGGGAAUCAUUGCUAGUGUCCUAACAAAGGUAAUCAUGGUGAUCCUUCUGUGGGCAGUCGUCUGGUCAAUUACAGGUCCAGAGUGCCUUCCCGGUGGUAAUUUGUUUGGAAAUCUGAUUCUGUUUGUGUGUGCAGUUCUGGGAGGGAAGAUUGUUGGAAUGAUCAAAUUUCCUAAUUUACCUCCAUUACCUGGUCUUCUAGGAAUGCUUCUUGCUGGUUUCAUUCUCCGAAAUAUUCCUGUUGUCAGUGAUGCUAUUUACAUUGACUACAAGUGGUCCUCAUCCUUGAGAAGUAUAGCACUUGCAAUUAUUCUGACCCGAGCAGGACUUGGGCUGGACGCAAAGGCUCUUCGGAAACUGAAGGCUGUGUGUCUUAGGCUAGCAUUUGGCCCUUGUCUUAGUGAAUCUUGUGUUUGUGCAGUUCUUGGACACUAUCUACUGCAUCUGCCCUGGUCAUGGAGUUUUAUCUUGGGGUUUGUGAUGGGAGCUGUAUCACCUGCUGUAGUUGUCCCAUGCAUGUUGAUGCUUCAGAAGGAUCUCUAUGGUGUUGACAAGGGAAUCCCAACACUACUUAUGGCUGCAGGCAGCUUUGAUGAUAUCUUGGCUAUUACAGGUUUCAAUACAUGUCUUGGGAUAGCCUUUUCAUCAGGACUUGGGAUUGCAACUCUGAGCAUUGCUCUUGUAGUCAGAAUCUUGGUAACAUUCCUCAUGGUACACUUCUCAGGAUUUAACAUAAAGGAAAGAAUAUUUAUUUCUUUGGCCUGGAUCCCUAAAGCCACAGUUCAGGCUGCCAUCGGCUCUGUAGCUUUGGACAUGGCACGAAUUCGAAAUGACAAAACAGCAACAGACUACGGUUUAAGUGUUCUCACUGUGGCCUUUCUGGGAAUUCUGAUCACGGCUCCCAUCGGAGCAGUUAUUAUUGGCUUAUUAGGACCAAAGCUGCUACAUAAAUCAAAUCAGCAGGAUUCAAAUCAUGGAGAAGGCAUAGAAAGCAAGAACAGGACAUCGCAUGAACAUCAUCAAGGAGUGGAAAGUGAAAUUGAAGUCUAAGAUGUUCUCUGGAUCUAUAUUAAACUUCAGAAGGAUCUCUGUUGAAUUUCAACAGACAUGUGAUUCUUGAAUAUCUCUGCACUUAACAGAGGAAAUGGUUUUAAAGCUGUUUUAUUAACUGUUGUACAUUUUGUAGAUUUAUUUUUUAAAAGAAACUGUCUGGAUUUACUGAAAUACCUAUUUGUUUGGAAUUAUUAUUUGUGCAGAAAUCAACGUGGGCAUUUUAGACGUUUGUUUGACAUUAUGAAAGUAUUUAUGCAAUCAUCCUUAGAUCAAUGUUACUAGGGUUGUACCCAAAAUAGCAGAAAGACCAUAGCCAUUAAAUUGUUUUGUACCGCAGAAGCCCAUGAGGUGAUGAUCAUAAUAUAAAAUAAAGAACUGCAGAUGCUAGAGAUCUGAAACAUAAUCAGAAAUUGCUGGAGAAACUCAGCAGAUCUGGCAACAUCUGUGGGAAGAAAGUAGACUGUCACUGGAUUCAAAACAUUAACUCUGCUUUCCUCCCACAGACGUGGCAGACAUGCUAAGUUCCUCCAGCUAUUCUGUUUUUGAUUCAGGCCACAAUCAUAGUUUGUAUCUAUUACUUGUGCAAGUUCCAAUGGAAUAAUUAGUUCUAGUUAUCACCACAGGCAUCUGGAUCAUGGAAAAUCAGAAUCCAAUUUUUAUGUUGUGCUGUGACAAUCGUCCCACUUCCUCUGUGUUCUAUAAAGUAUCUAUUGGCUCCUCAACUGAAACUGUUCUGAAAGAGCUUUGUGUCUAACACUGCAUGCCCAGUGAUAGGUGCCAGUGCUGCUGCAGCUGGGAGCCAGGUCUGAGAAGCUAUGGGAAAACUCUUGAUGAGUACUGUAAUCCGAGCUUCCUUCUUCUGCUUUUAAAAAAAAAAUUAACUUUCUCUUUCUCGGUUCUGGAGUCCCAAUCAGAAUUCUAUGGCUAAAAGGGCACAGCAGUUGAUUUACUAGUGGAUUUCCUCAUUCUGAGGAAGGGUCACCAGACCCGAAAUGUUAACUCUAAUUUUUUUCUUCACAGAUGCUGCCAGACCUGCUGAGCUUUUCCAGCCACUUUGCUUUUGUUGUUAUUGUUGUUGUUGUUGUUGUGACAGUGGGUUUACUCUUAGCCCAAUUAAUGCAAUAAUAAUUCAUCACUGUACCAAAGCAAUCCGGGUUGAAACGCCUCUUGGUAUGUCUCCCUGUCUUAGUAACCAAAUGAAUUUUGGGAAUCUGGAGUAUAAAAUGAUUAUAGCUGUUGUGAUAGAAUUGUAUUUUUCUUUUUGCACUGGGCAGGUUGAAUUUACAGCCAUGGUUCAUGCUGUUUUGUGUCUGCGCCUUUUUCCAACUAAGAUAAACUGAUGCAUACAGCAGUUCAGGACACACGCCAGAUGUUUAUCUUUGUAAUGGAACUAAUUUUCUUUAUGAAUUACCUGUAAAUACAAUCUUCCACAGAAACACCAUAAAUUAAUUUAUUACUGGAAGAGUUUUAUAAAAAGUUCAAGUCUUUCUCUUCCAGACUGAAAACAACAAAUGCUGGAGAUCACCAUGGGUCAGACAGCAUCCGUGGAGAGAGAACAAGCUAAUGUUUCAAGUCUAGAUGACUCUUCAUCAGAACUGAAGUGAAGUGCUUCUAAAGUUAAGAAUACAAGAACAGCAGGAAAUGGUAAAAUGUGCCAUGGGGCAGCCUUGCCAUUCUAACCACAGGCCUGAAAAUACCAAUGGAUCACAAUUAAAUUGCAUUAACUUAGUACAUUACAAAAUCAAAACUGCCCCACAUUUAUCCGUAAACUAGUAACUGCACUCAAAAGCCAACAGGUUGACUGAUAUGAGAAGUAGAACUUGCUAUACUUGAAGAUUAAGCGAAAGCAAUGCUUUUCCAGCACAUUGGACCUUCAUUCUGUACAGCAUCUGAUAUGAGAGUAUUUAUCAAAUAAAAUUGUCUCAACAUAUUAA